AUGGCCCCAGGCUGGACUUCUCCGCCUGCCUCGGGCGCUUUACCCUCAAGCCCAAACCAUAAUCAUCUCCAUUCCUCGUCCCAGACUCAUCAUCAGUUGUCUCCAUCUCCUGUAUCUGAUGACCCCGGCGCUUGGCCAAGUCCUCCUCCUCCUCAUCCUCGUCCUCCCUCCUCUGCUUCCUCCUCCACCUCCGCUGCCGCCGCUGCUGCUGGUCCUGUCACCUCUCCUACUUCCCAUUUGCCGCCCUCUACUACCUCUCUGGCCUCUCCCCCUCCUUCGGCCACCCUUGUGCGCAGGAAACCGCUUCCCCAGGAUGCUGUGAUCCUGUCGCGCCAAUCCAGGCCUCCUUCCUCGCCCCUGCUACCCUUCUCCCCCCCGGGCGACUCGCCUGCAGAUCCGCUGUCACUCCCUGUCUCUUCCUCUCCUCUCGCUGCUGGCCAUCAUAACUUGGCCUACUCCCCUGCUUCAACCUAUUCCUUCUCCGGUUCCGUGUAUGAAGUUGACGGCCAGGAGGAGGACGACGACUCCCUUCAUUCGGUUCCAAGGAACCUGGACAGAUCUCCCCGUGGUGGUCCGUCCGCGUCUCAUCUACGUAUAGAUACCUCCGCAGCCUACGUGGACGACGACGAGGAGAGCAGCAACGCCAAUACCCACAACCCCAGAUACUCCUCUCAAUUCUCGAAUGGGACGUCCCUACACAGCCGUCUUGUGAGCGAGCCAUUCGUUCCCAUCCUCAAAUCGCCGGCAUUCCUCCCCAAGCGCCCCACGACCAUGGCCUUGCACCUCCCCUCACGCCGUCCGCCACCGCUACAUAUCGAUUCCCCCAGCCGGUCCUCGUCCGGUGACUCCAAACAGCCGAAAACACCGGCGAACAAGAUUAGUUCCUUUUUUGGGUGGCGCGCUACAACAUCUUCACCCGGCGCGGAAUCCUCCAGUACCGAGAUCUCCGAGACCGGUCGUUCCCCGGUGCCUUCCCCGAUGCCUGCCUCCCUCCACAGUGCGUCCUUCUCCAUAACACCGUCCACCACGGUGCCCUUCGAUCCCUCCAAGCCGCAAGUGCCUCUCCCGCAGCGAAAUCCAUCUCUGAGCAGUGGAAGUAUCUUGGACUCCAGGGCGACGACGCUGGUGACCGAGCUUGAGAAUGAACUGCGGGAGAUCAGCGCAGAGCUGGCCGGGUCCAUCCGGCGGGAGAUGGAGUUGGAGGAUCUGGUGGAGAGAUUGCAGUCAGAUAUGCCCUUAGAUACCCCCAAUCGCCGUACCAGCGAUUAUUUCUCCGAUUCAGGCAGCAGCUCCAUCCGCUACGCGUUCGAGUCGGGUGGUCGGGUCGAAGACAUUGAAAAGUACAAACGCACUGCAGAGCAGGAGCGGGCUCAGAUCAAGGUGGAUCUGGGCCAAAAAUUGCAAGAAGAGCGCAGUCGCCGGGCAGCCUCGGAAGCACACGUCCAGAUACUAGAGUCCCAAGUCCAGCAGCUGCGACGGGAGAGAGUAGAUCUCUCGGACCUGUCCUCCCGGACAAGGGAGCUCGAAGCCGCAUUAGAUGAUACCCGUAGGAAGCUGGCCGAAGAGCGCCAAAUCAAGGAUAAUUUUGAAGACUUGUUGACCGCCAUGCGAGUAGAACUCGAACAGUUGCGAAACGAACGGGAUCAUAUGCGUGACACUGUUAUCCCUCAAUUGCAACAAGGCAGUCAAUCUGCCGCGCCUCCAUCCGAUCCGUCGGAAGUCCAGCGGUUGAUGGAGGAAAUCGAAGCGCUGAAGAUCGAAAACGCCUCUCUCGCCCAGCUGCAAGGCAGUCGAUUCGCUUCAAUUGCCGAAGAAGAUGGCAUGCCCACUGCCAGAAACGUCGGAUUGGGACUGUCGCGGUCGAAUUCGUUGGCGCGCGUGCGCACUAAGCCGUCGCCCGGUCUCUCCCGCUCCAGUUCUUUGUCGCGCUCGAAUUCCGUAUCCGCCAAGGAGCGCAAUGAGUCUCCCCGCGAGAACCUGGCGGAUAGAAUCGAAGAUGUUGAGGCGCAGCGCGAUGCGCUUCACCAGUCUCUUCGGCGUCUGCUUGAUCGCCAGGCUCACGAUGCCCGUGAGUACGAGAAGCGGCUUCAGCUCAUGGAGAUGGAGCUUGCGCGCGCACAGCAAGUGGGUUCUCCGCGCAAGCUGGGCUAUGAGCGCGAAGUACGCAACUUGCGCGAAGAAGUAAACGACCUUCGGCAGCGUGCCGAGGAAGCUCUGGAACAGAAGUGGCAGUGCGAAAAAGGAUUGGCAGGUCUGAAGAUGGACCUGGACCGGGCUGAACAGGAGACCACCUCCCUGCGCGUAAUACUCCAGGAGCACGACAUCACCGUUCCUGAAGACCUCGAAUGUGAUCGGGAUGGAUUCGCCGAGGUCCUCGCAACCUCUUCGUCCCUGGAGUCCGCUUACAGGCAACUUCAGGCGGAUCGGGAAAUCGCCGAAGCCAGCGCGGCCCAGUCGCCCCUCGCCGAGCAAAACUCACUCGUGGAGUCGGUCAACCGGACCGACGUGCUUGCGCAGCAUGUGCAACAGCAGCUGGCCAGCAACAAUGCCCUGCGGAGCCGUCUGGCCGAGGCCAUUGGCAAGGGUGAAAAGGAGCAGCAGCUGUCAGCCGCUCGUAUCAAUGAGAUGCAGGCCCGUCUCAAGGAGAUGGAGGACAUCCUGCUGAUGGCGCAGCAGUACUCCGAGGACGAAAUGGCGCGCCACGAAGAAGAAGUGCGCGCUCUUGAGGAGAACCACAAUGCGCAACUGAAGCGCAUGAAGAACGGCGCUCGCAGCCCUGCGGCCUUGUCGCCCAUGCCUCCGACCACGCCCUUUGGCUCACGGUCUCCUCGUCUGGACUUGACAACCAGUGGUAGGGGUAUUGCUUUGGAUCAGGCUAUCCAAUCGGAAACACUGGAACGGCGGGUGAAGGAGCUGGAGAAGCUCCUUCGCGACGCUGAUUCGGAGAUGGAAGAAGUUGUGAGCCGGAUGAACCGGGCGCAAAUUGAAGUCGCGGAACUUCAGUCUGAUCGGGACGAUGCACUCCGCCAGACCCGCAAACUCCAGGCCGAGAUCAUGGCCCAACGCGAGACGUUCAGGACUCUGAUGGCUUGA